UUCAUUUUAUAUGAGAACUCAGAACAAACUGCGCUUCUAUAUCGUCACCUCUAAUGCCUCUGACUUGCGGCACCGGAUUGUCAAGAUUGACCGCACCUCACAAACCGACAUAGCCAUUGUCGAGGACGACACCGACUAUAGCGACAAGCAAAUGAGCAACAUGCUCAAGAUGCUGGAGGAUGGUAACAAGGGAUCUGGCAGGUUUUGUAAGGAUUCGUGAGGUUCACCGCUGGGUGGUACACGAUUGUCAUAUAAAAGCGUUCUGUUGUGGAACUUCUUGGUGGCCACUAUUUAUACCAUUGCGAGAACACGGAGAUCAUAAGAUUGACCGUCCUGCCGAGGAGCAGCGCCUUGUGAAUAUGUUCAAGCAAGUUGACAUGUCGAAAAACUUCUACUUGAGUUACUCAUACGAUAUCACCUCUAGGCUUCAAAAUAAUCACACCAAGCCAAAACGUUUCAAUGGCAUUCCCCCGCCACUGGCGUCCGUCGUCCAUGGCUAACUGCCACUCAUACAUGAACAUGUGGACCAGACCAAACUUACUGUACUUGGGCAUGUAGUCUUUGUAACGCUUAUUGCCCGUCGGUCGC